AAGCAGCGGGAAUGCAGCGUGUGUCAUCUCAAGACAUCAUCAGAGUACGACUUUCAGGCAAGUCGGGAUUUUUCCUCAUGAAUAUUCACCCAUUUGAGCAGUUACUCCUCUCCCAAAAGUCAUUGCCCCUUGGACGGACGUCAACGAUUCAACUGCGCAGGUCGUCUUCAAUCCAGCACUAGCUUUGAGGAUAGCAAAAGAUUCUGUCAUCUAGUUUUUUGUUGGGGUCUCGGAAUUACAAGGGGACUUCCGCUAAUACUCUCAGUUUCGACUCGAUCCCGUUACUCUCUAUACUAUGGCUGUGAAAUCUUAUCUUAUGCCUGGGUCUACAAAUUCUCAAGUUGGCUGGCAUAAUUUAUUGGCUAAACAUCCCGGAACUGCAUUGAACUGGGGGAGUAGACAGAAAAGGGUCGGCAGUUGGGGAAAUAAGGUGAUUGUGCGGAUGGUUGAUCAGACGAGCCAUGAUAUGCCCAAGGGAUUGUCGAAAGAUUUAAGCUCGCUUCCAAAACCAUUGUCUGUAUCUGAUAUUUUGGCUGCUUCUGAUAAUGGUGCAGAAGUUCGAAUAUCAUUCAAGGGGGUACCAGGUUCAUACAGCGAGGAUGCAGCAGUCAAAGCCUACCCUAACUGUGAGACAGUUCCAUGUGGUGAUUUUGAAGCUGCUUUUAAGCAGGCUGUUGAACUAUGGUUGGCCGACAAAGUUAUCAUUCCCAUUGAAAAUACUUCAGGGGGAAGCCUCCAUCGAAACUAUGAUUUACUUCUUCGCCAUAGGCUGCACAUUGUUGGUGAGGUGCAGCUGGCUAUUAAUUUCUGCCUUCUAGCUCUGCCUGGAGUCAGAGCAGAGUACUUAGAACGUGUUCUAAGCCAUCCCCAGGCACUUGAUCUUAGUGAUGCCUUCCUUACUAAAUUAAAUGUUGCUAGGGAAGGUGUUGAUGAUACUGCUAGUGCUGCUGAGUAUGUAGCUUCAAAUGGCCUGUACAAAGCUGGUGUGAUUGCAAGUCGUCGGGCUGCAGAAAUCUAUGGGCUUAAUGUACUUGCAGAAAGAAUCCAAGAUGAUCCUGAAAUUAUCAGUCGUUAUCUAAUUCUUGCGAGGGAUCCAAUAAUAUCAAGAGCUGAUAAGCCGUUUAAGACAAGUAUAGUGUUUAGUUUGGACGAGGGUCCUGGGGUAUUGUUUAAGGCAUUGGCAGUGUUCGCGUUGAGGGACAUCAAUUUGAGUAAGAUUGAAAGUCGACCACAAAGAAAUCGACCAUUAAGAGUGGUUGAUGACUCCAACACUGGAACUGCGAAGUAUUUUGACUACCUUUUCUAUAUUGAUUUUGAGGCUUCUAUGGCAGAGCCCCGGGCACAAACUGCUCUAGGACAUCUGCAGGAAUUCGCCACAUUCAUUCGAGUUCUGGGCUGCUAUCCUAUGGAUGCAACCACAUAGCUGCAUCUAGUUGAAGAACUUUCCGUUGAUGCCCAUGCUUAAGCCAGACUGAAAGAGGGUCUUUGGAGGGAACUUGCUGGCUAGAUUGUAAGAUGGCAAUGGUUGAUCAGACUUCAAGAUAUCAUGAGAUGCAACUAAAUUCUGAUAGAAAAUCUGAAGAUGAUCUUCUUGAGGAUGAUCAGAGGUAGAAGAAUUAAGCCAAACUAGAGUGAGGCUCUGAUAUGCAUUGUUUUGUGUAUAAUGCAGGAACUAAAGUAGGGUUUGAAUUUCAAGUUAGUUCAUGCUAAACCGAGCCACAAAUAAGACAAGGGGAAAAAUACACCUGAUGCAUAGUUUCGUACUCCGGUUACUUUACUCAAUAAAUACAUGCGUAGCCUGCGAUUUUGAUUGAUACCAAAGACAGACUGUUUGAUAUGCAAAAUAUCAUGUUUAGAAAGGAGUGAAUUUAUGAAUAAAAUUGUAUUUGUGUCUUUAUUUG